UAUUUAUGAAUUCUAAUUAGAAAUUGAAUAGGUAAAGCAAAGUACAAUUCUUUUGUACAUCAAUUGAAGAGAGAAGAAAACGAUUAAAUCUUAAGAAAAUCAAACCAUUUUACAAUUUGGUUCUAACUUAAAAGAGUUAAAGAACAAUCAAAACUAGUAAAAUGGAACUUGUACAAAAUAAAUUUGGAAAUACGAGUUGUUGCUGUUCAGAAUGUGGAAGGGACUCUAAUUUUAAAUAGAGAAUAUUUAAAAUUUCUCCAUUCAAUGGAACCUCAUAGUCAUUUUAAGAAUCUAUUAGGCAAGAUCAAAUUUUAUAUCGUUACAGAAAUUCAGUAUAUAUAAAAAAGUUUAGAAAACUUGUUUAUUGUUUACUUUUUAUUAUUCGAUACAGGAUAGUGUAGAAUAUUAGAUUUAGAUAAAAAUAAAGAAUAAAAAAAAUAUUAAAAACUAGAGUUGAAUAACCUAGAAUGACCUUUCUUAAUGUAUUAGAUAUAGCAAAGAAAUAAAUGAAUCCAAAGUUUAAAUCUGCUUCAAAUUUAGAUUUUGUUAUAAGUUAGAAUGCCACAGCCCUAAAUUCUCCAUAAGAUUCAGAUGAGGAAUUUUAUCAUUUAAAACCAAAGAAAUCAGUUAUAAGUAAAUUAUGUACAGAAGAACCUUAAGCUCAUAAAAAAUUAUCAAAAUCAUAAUAAAAAGUUUAUUUAAUUACUGGAUUAAAUAAAGUUUGGAAUUAAUAUGUAACCUCAAAGUUAAACAAAUCAACCAUUAAAUGCAAAAAUUAAUCAUCUUCUUUUAUGCCUCCAUUACUGUCUCUGAUUGUAUCUCCAAGAUAGAAUUAAAAGAUUCAUUUGCCCCAUAUAAGGAUUAAACAAAAUUAGUGA